GACUCAUAAUGAGCGAACACCCUAGGCUGCAUCCUGCUCCACAAGCCUGCAGAUCCGGCGAAGCGACCGCUGGGGUUUCAAAGAGCUCGGUAUGUGACCUGAUGAGGUCAAUUUCAUGUCUGCCUCUGAUGCGUUCUUUGUCCAGAGAAAACAGAAAGUUAUGAAAGACUUCACUGAUGAACGUCCAAAACCCGUCAAGCGGUCCCGCAACCAUGACCCUGUUGUCGAGAACGUCGUUCAUGGAGCUUCGUCGCAUCAGAGUAUAGAGCAUCCCACUAUGUCUGAGAAUUCCAGUGGCUACAUGAACCAAGCACCGUCCAGAGAACUUGCUUCGCAGGUUCAGGUUGCCCCUUCUGCCCUGCAGGAAGGGACUAGUCACCAAAUGGCCAUUACUGAAUUCCGGGAUGCCCAUGAGGCCUUUGCAAUACAUGAAUAUACUUGGGAACCAUGCGACAUCUAUGGCAUCCUCCGCCAAAAUGCCCAAGUGGAUGUCGAUAUCACAGACAAUUUCCAGACCACAUAUCUCGAAUCCCUCAGGAUUUUCGAUGCUGCCAUCGAGAAGAUCGCGAAGGUACAUCCAUACGCAAAGAUGGCGCUGGGCUGUGCUGUCUGCUGCUUCCAAGGUUUGUGUGGUUUCGCCCUUAGUUUCAUCUCCUGGUCAGGCAGUCGUUGAUGAUGCGCAGAUUAUUCUUGCUCAAGCGGAUCGCAACCAAUCGCUACAUCGUCUUCUCGAAGAAAUUAGAUGAAGUUUACUGCUUCAUGACCCAAGACGACUCUCUUGACCAGAUCUCAUCCAUGCACAUUAUCAUCGGACGGCAUCGCUCAGCAGACUCAAGAGUGUGGAUGUUUUAUCAGGGACUACUCGGAGACCCAGAGCUAUUGGGAGAGACUCAAGAAAAAUGUUGUAUCGGAAACGGAUGUCAUGAUUAC